AUGGCCUUAGUGAGUGUCAUGACGGACAAUUUGUGCUCCGUAUGCUCCCAUAUCGACUUUGAUAACAUUGCCCUCCAAGCAAAGCCUUGCAAUGGUGAUUGUGAUAACUCGGGUUCAGUGUCAGAAGAUGGCUUUGACGACUCGGGUUCUGCGUUGGAAGAGGGAUUAAGUGACUCGGAUUCCAACUCGACUGGAUGGUGUACCGAGUCUGGCUCAGACUCAAGCGAGCUAUCAGAGUUUGAUACAAAGCUCGGCACAAAUCACGAAAUAUCCCUUCGCACGAACCAAUGCAUCCUUUGCAGGCUCAUAGAUCGACAUAUCCGACGCCUUUAUCCUUCGUCUUCUGGGCACGUCACUUUGCGUGCUAGAAAGAAUCUAGUCAUCUCGUCACUACCUGCUGAUACGAAACUUCAACAUACUCACACAACUACUGCGACUAUCGAAUACAGGCAUAAUAAUGAAGAUGGUCCCCAGACCCACAUACCAGGAACCUGGCAGGUCAGUAGAGUCUUGGACCUUCAGUCGCUCCGCCAUGCUUCUCCCGCAAGCGAUACUAGGCAGCAAACUCCCCAAUCUCUCGUUGGAGGUCGUAUUAUUCCUGACAAGGUGGACUUUGAACUUUUGAGAAAAUGGCUCAAGCUCUGCAAAGACAAUCACGACGGUACGUGCUCUCACAGCACUCAAUCCCCAGGCAGCGUUCCAAAAGUCAUGCCAGCAUUCGUCAUAGAUGUGCAGAAGGCUUGCAUUGUCAAGACACCACCUGACUGCAGCUAUGUUGCCUUGAGCUAUGUCUGGGGCACCUCAAAGGUCCUCAUGCACAUGUCAAACAAUGCCAACCUGCUUCUUACUACUGGAUCUCUCAACACUGAAGACAUUCCGAAAACAGUCCGCGACGCAAUUUCUGCCACGGCGGGAUUAAACGAGCAAUUUCUUUGGGUCGAUGCGUUAUGUAUCAUCCAGGAUGAUCCAACUAUGAAGAUAUCGCAGAUAGAAAAGAUGGAUCAGAUAUAUGCUGGAGCUAUAUUGACGCUGGUUGCUGGUCAUGGGGAUAGUGCCGCUGUAGGUCUCCCGGGAGUGAACUCUAGGCCUUCCGACUUUCUCCAAGAGGUGCUACAUCUGAAGGGCCACACGUUUCUAACUGUGGUCGGAGCAUAUCGAUCACAAGAGGCCAACAACGGAGAGAUUGACGGCCCGAGUAUCCAGAGUUCAACAUGGAUACAUCGAGCCUGGACAAUGCAGGAACUAUGUUUCUCCAACAGAUUACUCGUCUUUACCGAGAACCAAGCGUUCUGGAGAUGCAACAGCAACACCUGGUCCGAGGAGUUGGCACUGGAAGAAGCUCACUCAAAUGACCUUGAGAUUAUGCCAUUCGAACUGGAAAAAGGUCUUCCGAAGAACUCGAUCAAGGCAUCCGAUUACUUUAGUCUGUACUGCCACUACUUGCAGGCCUACAGGCGACGAAAGCUCUCCUUCAAAUCCGACCUUAUCAACGCUUUCCAGGGGAUAAUUUCAGUGUUUUCUAGAACUCAGAAAGACGAGUACCUCUGGGGCCAUCCCAAAGCCUUCUUCUCGGCGUCUUUAGGUUGGAUGUAUGAGUCUAAGCAUAUCCGCAACUUUGCAAGCCAAGAGAUGACGAUGUCUGGCAAGGAUAUCAAGAAUAUCGAGUUUCCGUCCUGGAGCUGGGCUGCCUGGGAUAAUCGAGAGGAGUCAGGUAGAGAGUUGGACUUUUGGAGCUACAGAAGUCUUGGAAGAGGAUUUUCGGAACCGUCUACUCCUCAUCCGACAAUCACGCAGUUCUAUGCCGUGACAGGGGAAGGAAACGUCACGGCGAUUCAAGAGAAUCUAUCAAAAGACAGGAUGACAAAAACAACAGCGAAAGUCAAGCGACUCCGGUGGCAAGGGCCGGAACGAGAUAUUCCUGAUCAACACGUGCAGAACCUAGCACAAAACUCCAAUCUGGUGCCUGGGACAUUGAUUUUCUGGGCAAGUGUCGCAACCUUGAGAGUCAGGCCUACAGAAGGCUCUCCAUCAGAAUCCAACGUCUCAGAUGAUACAGAUUCUGAUAAAGAACAAAAGGAGGUUACUUACGAGGUUCCAGGAAAGUUCAAGAUAACAGGAACGGGUGAGUGGCCUUUUGGUAACCAAGCCCACUUUGAAGCUUGGUUGGGCGGAGAACGCGACGAGAGUUCGUAUAAGAUUGUACUUCCUGGAGACCCUCAACUUCCUGGGACCUUUUCUGUAGAGUUUGCGGUUGUAUACAGACAUAAGGGAGCUGUAUUUGAUGCUGGCAUAGACGGGAAACGAAAAGCAAAGUUGAUGCUUCUGGCUCUAGAGUGGAAAGAAGGAUUGGCGUAUAGGAUAGGCUUGGGCGAGAUCUCGGAGGAGGAAUGGGCGAAGAUGGGGGAUCGAGAAUGGAAGCUGAUCACCAUGAGAUAA